CAAAUCAAGUAGAGAAUACAUCAAUUUUGCAAAAUCUAACAAGAUUAAUCAAUAAAAUUAAGUAAAAUAAAAACCUUAAAAUGUCAGAACAGAUGGACUGUGAGGAAAAUGCAAUCGAUGAGACCACCUUGGUCAAAUACAGUAAUCCAGUGUUAGUAGUUAAAAAUCCGGAAAAACCUUCAUCAAGCAACGCCGGAAAGGCAACCAGUGGAAAAUCUGUCGAUGGAAGCGAUGCGCGAAAGGAAACUGAAGAAAUUUUAAAUGAAAUACUUCCACCGAGAUCCUGGGAAGAGGACGGACAACUGUGGAUUCAGAUGGUGUCUAGUGUGCCAGCCACUCGUCAGGAUGUGACUAACUUACAAGAAUUACUCGACGCUCGACUACAAGAAACUCAAGCCCGAGAGACUGGUAUUUGUCCAAUGCGUCGCGAACUUUUCAGUCAGUGUUUUGAUGAAAUAAUCAGACAAGUGACCAUAGUUUGUGCUGAGCGUGGGUUUAUUCUAUCUCGAAUCCGUGACGAAAUAGCAAUGACUAUCGAAGCAUACGAGACUUUAUACUGUAGCUCCGCAGCAUUCGGCAUUAGAAAAGCAUUGCAAUCUCAAGAGGGUAAGGAACAAUUAUAUGCAAAGGUUAAGGAACUUGAGAGUCAAUGUGCCGCGUUGAAACAAGAGAUCACCGAUAUGAAAUAUUCAUUUGGUCAAACUGAACGUCGAUAUGAGGAAGAAAAAACUUCCGAGGAACGCAAACACACAGAGGAAGUUGCAUUCCUAAAGAAAACCAACGCUCAGUUGAAGUCUCAAUUGGAAGGAAUUAUUGCACCGAAAAAAUGAAAUAUUUCAAAUUUGCAGUGUAAUUCAUUCAGUUAUCAGUUGAAGAAAUUGAUGUAAAACAAAAGCCUUUCGACAAUUUCAGCAUUUGAGCAAGAAAUUUUAGUUCUGUCGUUUGUUCAUUGUUUACAAAUUAAAUUCUCAAUCCUAUCGCGAUGCAAUGAAUUAGUUCACAUUCAUAAUCUGUCUGAAUUUAAUCCAAAUAAAAUCUGUAAAACUGGCGUAUUAA